AUGGCUAGGCCUCUCCAGGACCGGACUGUGAAUCGAUCAUCUGCCUCGUUCGAUGGUAGCAACAACUCGGGGCUUCAAGUAGGGCAAAACAAUGGCACCAUCCAUACGCAUCACUAUCAUCAGACCGAUGAUUCGAAAGCAGAAAAUCGAAACUGCAUUCGGGCCUUACAUGCGACUGAUCCCCGCCUUGAUAAAGCUCGGAUCGAGUCUACCAAGGGUGGAUUGCUUGAAGACGCGUACAACUGGGUUCUUGACAAUGAUGAAUUCAAAAGAUGGUGCCAUGAGCAGGAGAGUCAACUUCUUUGGGUCAAGGGUGAUCCUGGCAAGGGGAAAACUAUGCUCAUGUGUGGAGGUAUAAACGAAUUGAGCAAGUCUGCUCCGGUUUCAGAGAUCACUGUCGUCUAUUUCUUCUGCCAGGCAGGAAAUGACCGAAUCAACCAUGGUACUGCUGUUCUCCGCGGCUUGAUCUUCAUGUUCGUUGAAAAACAUCCAGGUCUUAUCUCCCAUGUGCGGCGCGAGUAUGACACUGCCGAGGCACAGGCCUUUGAGGGUCCAAAUACCUGGGAGGCACUGUUGAGGACGACAUAUUUGAUAAUUGACGCCCUGGACGAAUGCACUUUAGAAUUGGGUCGUCCUCUUGAUGUCAUUGUUGAUCAAUCAUGCUUGUAUCCGAAUGUUAAAUGGCUCGUCUCAAGCCGCAAUCGGCCGUCCAUUGAACAGGCCCUUGAAACAGCACCCCGAAAAGCAAGGCUCUGGCUUGAGAUUAACGAGGCUUCUAUCUCUAACGCCGUUGCUUCUUUUAUCCACUUCAAGGUUGAGAUCUUGAAGAGCAAAAAGAAAAACUUCUCUGACGAUAUCCGCGAUGCUGUUUCUCAGCACCUGUUAGCAAAUGCACAAGGGACCUUCCUUUGGGCGGCCUUGGUCUGUGAGGAACUUGCCAACUAUAAAGUUUUAACACGGUAUAUUCGAAAGAAGUUGGUAGAGUAUCCUCCUGGCCUUGAUCCGCUCUAUCACGGAAUGUUGAAGCAGAUAGGCGACAGUGACGAUGCUGAGCUCUGCAGGUCCAUACUCGGGAUUAUUACGACAGUAUAUCGACCAAUUACAUUGGAAGAGCUAAGUUCUUGCAUUGAAAUGCCCGAGGAUGUCGAGCUUUGUGACCUUGAAGAGAUACUAGGGCUCUGUGGCUCGUUCCUUACUCUUCGAGGAUCUACAAUCUCUCUAGUUCAUCAAUCCGCCAAAGAUUUCCUUCGUCGAAAAGCAGUUCAUGAGAUAUUUCCCCGCGGAGAAGAAUUUGUGCAUUACUCCAUCUUCUCAAGGUCGUUAGACGCGAUGGCCGAAACGCUUCGACGUGACAUUUAUAAUCUAGUGUUUCCUGGAUAUCAUUCCGAUCUUCUCGCGUCAGGCUCAGAAGAUUGCAUGAUCAAGAUUUGGAAUGCCCGCAACGGGCAAUGCCUCAGGAGCCUAGAAGGACAUUUGUAUAAAGUCUGUGCAAUCACUUUAUCUCAUGAUUCUCAACUUCUCGCGUCCUCUUCAUACGACCACACCAGCAAAAUCUGGGAAUUGAAGAGUGGAAAAUGUCUUCAGACCCUUGAUCAUCAAUUCCCAGUUCGCACAGUUGCCUUAUCCCUCAAUUCUCGGAUCCUCGCCUCAAGCUGUCGGCUCCAUAAGCCCGGCUCUUUCGGAUCUAGAGACCAUACUAUCAAGCUGUGGGACACUAGCAGAUGGAAAUGCCUUCAGACUCUGAACGGCCAUACCAAAUCCGUAGAGAUAUGGGAUACCAGUAGUAGGCAAAAACCCCAUGAAUUUGACAACAAUGUCGGUGAAAGCGAGUUGUAUCUUAGCCACGAUUCCACCCUCCUCGCUUCGGCUCCCGAUCCUUUGCUUUCCACAGGUCUCAUCAAGAUAUGGGACGUUCAAAACCAAAAGUGCAUUCUGAAUAUCAAUAUUCAGGAGCCAAUACGCUCCUUGAUAUUCUCGCGGAAUCUCAAACUUAUCGCAACAUAUUCAAAUAAGAAGAUGGUGCGUGUGUGGGAUGUCCGCAGUGGGGAAUGCAGGCAAGAUUUCAGCUCUUCCCAGGACGUGAAAGAAUUCUUCUUGGCGAACCCGGAUUUCGAACUAUUUGAUGGCACUGCUGCCUCCUCUACAUUUCCCGUUGAUGAGUUGCCUACCUUUUCGUCGACUGAUGACUCUUUUACUCGGGGCUUUCGCGUUGAUCCCCGUUGUGAAUAUAUCGCUUGGAACCAUGAAGAAGUGCUAUGGUUGCCACCAGAGUAUUGA